AAGUUAUCACAUAGCCUAUUCGAAUAUUUCAUACUAGAAUAGUUAUGUAAAAUGUCAAGGCCAUCACGAAAACGGGAAAACUGGGAAGAAAGAGAAGCAAGAUUGCUGAAAGAAAAUGUUUUUGAUCACUUGGCCUACUAUAUCCAAGUUCAAUUGCCAGAGAAGAAGUUCGUCAGCAGGACAACUUCAUUACCUUACCUCGUUCCGAAAACAACGUCAUUUUCUCCACAAACAAGUAGAAGAAAUAGAGGAAACACACCAUCUUCGAAACAACAAAAACAAUUCAACGGCAAAUUACAAACACCACUAUACGACGACGCCAGGGCACAUAAGCAUGGAGGAAAAUCACGGAGUGCUACAGAGAAACCUAAGAAACAUAAUCACAGAGUUCGAGAUAUUUCAAGCGAUUCUUCGUCGUCUUCGUCAUCUGACGAAGAUAGAGACAAAAGUUUAAAGAAAAGUAGAAACUAUACCACGCAUAAGACAAGGAAUAUGAAACGCCAGCAACGAUCUCAAUCAUCCUAUCCAAGACGGAAUAACGCUAUACAUCAUGCUUUCUAUUCAAGUCCAUACGCUGCUGAGGCUGUGACGACAGACAUAAGAAAAUUCAGAACAGCCGAAAGUAUGAGAAGACAAGCUGAGAGAGUGGCAGCUAAUACGUCAAGCUUGCUCACUACUAUUCCACUUACUAAAGUUAUCGAAAUCAACAAAUAUCGUUCGCCAACUAAGACAUAUUUACGAUGUUCCAGUAGUUUCUCAGAACAUGCAAAUGGUAUGCUAGCAUCUGACAAAGCUGUCCAUUAUGCGACAAAGCACGAAGAAAGAGAAUCGGCAAGGAAAUUUGCAAAAGAAAAGAAACGUAAAGAGAAAGAAAAACGCACGAGAAGAAGAGAGAAUGAAUCCUCACAGUCAUACGCAAGAAAAUAUCAAAAACCACUCAAGCCAAUAGUGGGAUAUGACUCCGAUCAAUCUCCAUCCGUGUCGAGCAAAACAUUGACAACAAGAUCUAAAUCUUCAAUGUCAGUCAACAGUGAGUCAUCAGAGUCUACAGUUGUUCCAAUCGAAACGUCUUCGUCCGAUUCCGAAGGAUCAUCAAUAAAACAACAGUACACGAAAACUUACGUAUCUUCUCAUAAAACAGUUAUUAAUAAGCCAAAGGAAAUGGGUUCGAGUGAUUCGUCAUCAGAAGACGAGAUUAAUUUGAAACACACAGAAAACAAAUCAGGGUCUCAGAAAAAGACUAGAUAUGCAAGAAAUGGCUCACUGCCAAACGGAUCAAUACCGGCUUCUUCACAUAAGCACAAAGAUUCUAAAACUCACAAAGAAUCUAGUCGAAAAACUAGUUCGGAUUUUAAAUCAUCAAAACAAGAAACUAAUAAACAUGUGAUGGAACGCGUGCCGAGUAGUAGCAGUUCGAGCGCAUCAUUCGUUACCUCAUCCCAGAAUCAAGCGACAAACGAUGGCUCGACAAGAAAAAGUUCGUCUAGUCAGCCAUCCGCCCCAACACAGCGACCAGUAAUUCAUAUAUAUUCUCCUAGCAGUUCAUCUAUAGACAGUGACACAACCAAGUCAGUUGCAAGCGUCGUACAUUCAUCGCAAAACGAAUCGCCACUAUUAGAGAAAAUUGAAAGAGCGACUUCUGAGCCUUCUGGCGGAAUCAAUGCAACGUCGGUUAACGUGAAAAACAAUGCGGUAUCACCAAGUCAAAGCCGUGUAAGCAACCAUACAUCUAGUGAAAGUUCUAUUUCAUCUACAGACACCGAAAAUAAAAAUAAAGAAGCGAAAGUCAAGCCUUUUGAUAUUAAUAACCAAAAAACUGCUUCAAACGACCAACAGCCAAUAAAAUCACACUCGGAACAUGAAAGUAGCAGGUCUGGGAUAACCACUGAAAAAAAGCACAAUUCUACGAGUAGUUCGAUGUCAGAGACACGAGACAUCAGGACAUCCUCAUAUGACCAAGACGUGAUUGCAAAAAGCACUGAUGGCGAAGACGCUCGACAGGAAAAGGCAGAGAGAUUGGGAACAUUGAAGAAAUUAGUGAGCAGCUCUUCGUCAUCAUCAGGUGGGUCAGAUUCGGAUAUAGAUGACAGAAACAAUCACUCGCAAUUUGAUUCGACUAACACCAAUGUCGAUAAAAAAUCAAAUGUUACCACUAGUAGAAAAUCUACUACAGAAGACAGCAGUAUAUCAAGCGACGUUUUCAUUUCUGAAUCAAGAGAAAGCUCUGUCCGACCUAGUGUGACGUCAUCAAUACAUUCAAAACAAUCGGAUGACAGUUCGUCGUCAUCAGAAUCAGGAAGCUUUGACAUGUCAUCGAUGACGUCAUCGUUACGUAAUCUCAUCGAAGAAUCUCGAGUAUCAUUAUCUUCGUCAAGUGACGAUGAUGACAGUGAAAGAUUCAGAUUAGAAGAAAAAUUCUUCGGCCAUGGAAAUCAAGAUGAUAUUUCUCAUCAAUUUGAUUUACCGAAUGAGAAAGAACCAUACGUUGAAAGUGGAGGAGAAAUACUAGGAGUUAUGAAAACAUCGGCAAAAUAUGGAUAA